AUGGCAGAGACUUGUGCUUUUAUUCGGAGUGAAAUGAGCGCCAUGAACAAAGUGAUCACAAAGCCAAGCUUGGGUAUCAACGUUGUAUGGCACUUCUUGGUGAUAAAGGGAUUUCGGAAAACAUUUGACAGUGAGAAUGACACAUUCCGCCUGGAGUUUCUUCUGGUCCCCGUCAUUGGUCUCUCCUUCCUUGAGAAUUACAGUUUUACUCCCCUGGAGGUCCUCUGGACUUUCUCUGUCUACCUGGAAUCAGCGGCCAUCCUGCCCCAGCUCUUCAUGAUCAGUAAAACUGGAGAGGCUGAGGCCAUUACUACUUACUACCUGUUCUUUCUUGGGUUGUACGGGUCACUCUACCUGGCUAACUGGAUCAGGCGGUAUCAGACUGAGAACUUCUAUGACCAAAUUGCAGUGGUGUCUGGAGUAGUACAAACCAUCUUCUACUGUGACUUCUUCUACUUGUAUGUGACCAAAGUCCUUAAAGGAAAGAAGUUAAGUCUUCCAAUGCCAAUUUGA